AUGGGGGAGGGGCCAAAAGACCCACUUCCCCAUCCCCCGCGGGUGGGCGGGCACCUGCUCAGCAAAGCCGUGCAGGCGAUCGCCCUUCGCCGACCCCUCCUGAGGCACCUCCGGGAACGAGGGAUCCAGACCUGCCUGUGGGUGCUGAACGAGGAGGGCGACUUUGCCGAGGCUUUCGGGGCCGGGGCCAGCGGGGUCGUCACCGAUUACCCCUCCCUGCUCAGGGCCUACCUGGAGGCCCAGCCUGCCCCUCCCCACCCCCCGG